AUGUCUUCUCCUGAUCAAGAACAAGUUCCUGCGCCGGGCCAAUGGCCGGUCGAUCCGCAAGAUGAAGUUCCCAUCUCGAAAGACCGCAUCUGGGUUGAUGGAUGCUUCGACUUCAGCCAUCAUGGACAUGCUGGCGCUAUGCUGCAAGCACGCAAGCUGGGAAAAGAACUGUUCGUUGGCAUUCACUCGGACGAGGCGAUUCUCGAAAACAAGGGACCAACUGUCAUGACCCUGGAUGAGCGUGUUUCUGCUGUUGAGGCGUGCAGAUGGGUUACGAAAUCCGUCCCUCAUGCUCCGUACGUCACUUACUUGCCAUGGGUAUCGCACUACGGCUGUCAGUACGUCGUUCACGGAGACGAUAUCACAUCCGACAGCAACGGAAACGACUGCUAUCGAUUUGUAAAGGCCGCUGGCCGCUUUUUGGUCGUGAAGCGCACUCCGGGCAUUUCCACCACUGAUUUAGUUGGGAGAAUGCUCCUAUGCACCAAAAAUCACUUUGUCAAGUCAGUCAAGGAAGUCCUGGCAGGGAAUGAAGGAUCUGGUAGCCCUGAGGAUCGCCAAGUGAGCAGUACCGAACUCCUUCAAAGAAUCCGAGAAUAUGCUACGGAUGAAACUGGCCACAACCCGGGGCCCGAAGUGUGGAUCUGGAACGGCAGUGAUGAGGCAAAGAUUGGCGAGAGUGCUGACGAGGCUGGGAGUUUUGAAACCCUAAUCAGCGGUAUUGCGCCAAAGCCGGGCCAGAGAAUCGUCUACGUGGACGGUGGGUUUGAUCUCUUUUCGUCGGGACAUAUCGAGUUCCUCCGGCGGGUGUGGGCCAUGGAAGAAGCCGAAGGUCAGAAACGGGGAUGGUUUGAGCCGGCUGAAAAGGAAAAGAGGAUUGCCCAACAUGGGGUGGACUACAGCCCUGCCUAUAUUAUUGCUGGCAUCCAUGACGAUUCUGUCAUCAACCAUUGGAAGGGCCUCAACUACCCAAUUAUGAACAUCUUUGAACGAGGACUAUGCGUCCUACAAUGCAAGUAUAUCCAAUCUAUUGUGUUCUCGACGCCAUUCACACCCACCCGGCCAUUUUUGCAGGCGAUGCCAUGGGGCGUCCCAGAUGUCGUUUACCACGGACCCACGACAUUCAUUCCGCUAACUUAUGACCCCUAUGUCGCGACGCAAGAGAUGGGGAUUUUCAAAGAAGUCGAGCCCCAUCCGUUCCAGAGCGUGAAUGCCGGCGAGAUCGUCGAGCGAAUUCUACAGAGCCGCAACGCUUACGAAGAAAGGCAGCGAGCAAAGCAGGAAAAGGGGGUUAUUGAACAGGCAUCGAAGGAAAGAGAGGCGGGAAAUUAG